AUGUUAAUCCAAGUUGAUGCAAUUACCCUUUUGUGAAGCUAAAAAUAAAAAAGUUUCUUUGAUUUUCACAUACAUUUUUCUUAAAGAUAAUUUAUCCAGAUAUUGGCACAAAUUUUAAAGAACCAGACAAAAACUAGUGUAGAAUUUCCAUUGCAAGGUGUAGGGAGGGAAGCAUGGCCAUAGCUACUAGCUUUAGUUUACCUCUUACAUAUCCAUCAUCAUCACUAACAACACAUAUUCAAAAGCCUUGCAGAUGCAGCAGCAGCAGCAACUCAAUUUCUGUAGCCAGCAAAACUCUGCAGCAAAUUCAAGAUUCUGGAGUUAUUGCUUGCCUUCGUGCCCAAAAUGCAGACCUAGCGAAUCGAGCUGCACGUGCUGCGUUGGAUGGUGGAAUAUCAGUUCUGGAAAUUGUGGUGACCACUCCAGAUGCCUUUGAGGUGUUAAGAAACCUAGUACAUGAUUAUCCGACAAAAACUUUCGGAGUUGGAACAGUAUUACAGGCUAAAGAUGCCAAAGAUUCUAUAAAGGCUGGAGCUAAGUUUCUUAUGAGUCCUGCAACGGUUAUGGAUAUUCUAGUUGGUGUCUCAGAGAGUGAUGUUCUGUAUAUACCUGGGGUAAUGACCCCCACUGAGAUAUUAUCUGCUUUCAGUGCAGGUGCCAAGAUUGUCAAGGUUUAUCCUGUCUCGGCAUUAGGUGGCGUUGGGUACAUUUCAGCUCUGAAAAAGCCUUUUUCUCAUAUCCCUAUGGUUGCAUCACAAGGCGUAACAAUAGAUUUGGUCGGGCAAUACAUUGGUCAGGGAGCAUCAGCAGUUGUUCUAUCCGAUGCCAUAUUUGCCAAAGAAGCAAUGAGUCAACGGAAUUUCGAUAAAAUCAAUCAACUUGCAAGCCAUGCAGCUUCGCAGGGUCAACAAGCUGUUGAAAGGUCUGAACGUUAGGUGCUGAUGCAUUUGUCUAUAUGUUAAAAGCUCGUGGAACUUAAGGUACUUACAAGAACCGAAAAAUGAGAUAAAGACAUCCGUCAUCCUGCUUGAAAUAUGGUAAGAAAUCAUGUCUUUUUAACUUUCUGGCCAUGCACCGUAUUUGUGGCCUUUAACUUUCUGGCCAUGCACUGUAUUUGUGGCCCAAUAUUGAUGCAUUAGUCCCUAAACCUUGCUAUCGCCCUCGGACAAACACCAUAAAAAGAAAAAGAAAUCCGCUCUUUCACCAUUUUGUUGAAUACAUUCAUGAUUCUUGGACAGAAAUAUCUUAAAUAUCGCAGAAAUCCAAACAGAAAGUAUAGCACUAACUUGACUCCUGUUCUAUACGAAAGCUCGUGUAUGGAGAAUUGGAUAGAGAAAAAGAAAUGGAAAAUUAUAGUGAAAGAAAAUACAACAACAACAACAUGCCUAGUAUAUUCCCACAAAGGGCUCAGAGUCGAUCCCUGGUGCAACCUUGUCAAAGGCUUUGAAUCACCUCCUACCAUCCUCACAUAUGUCUUCGCUCCGUCAUUCAUGUCCUGAAUUGAUCUAGUGUACGCCACGGGCACCCCUCUAGCCUCCAAGCACCUCCACAGAAUCUCCUUGAGGGCUUUGUCAUUUGUCUUCUCAAGAUCAAUGAACACCGUGUGCAAGUGCCAAAGUGAAAGAAAAUGAUGUAAUAUAUCAAUAUCUUGCAGUGUUAGCAAAGGCGCUGAAAUAUUGAUCUUGCUGCAGUUUUACUUCAAGAAUGCCUGAUAAUAGUUACUCCUAUUGAACUUAAAACAAUAUCAUGAAUCGGUUGAUUUAAUUUUUGUCUUAUCUUAAUAUGUAAACGAAGUCCCAAAGUGGUCUCGUGUGAAGUUAAAAUCUCCAAGACAGAUCGUGUGCAGUAUAAGUAUGGGAGAUCAAUCUCUGAAGGAGGUCAUUUUUCCUAUCGGAGAUUGAAUAAGAUGUUAGUCGGGUUUCUCACACAGGUGAUCAAGGAAACCACAAAUGUAGCUGUCAUUUUGUCACGUCAGUUGCUAUCAAUAGUUGCCUGUAUCAUAAGACUCUCCGGUCUCUCCCUUUUCCCGUGCUCAGUUAUGUCUAUUAUCUUGCUUUUGUAUGUUUCAAAAGAUUAAGACCGUGUAACUGUCUCUCAGAUGUAAAGAAUAGAGGCCACUGGCAAGGUUUCACGAUUGAAUAUGUCCACAUCGAAGUGAUCAAAAAUACACUUGUGUAUUACUCAAACAUGGAGCUAGGCGCCGCAUACCUUUCAUUUGAAUUCUGCAUAUCUGGUGUCUGUAAGUUCCAUUCUUGGUAUAACCUUGACUUGAUGUUGUGCAGGAAAAUUAAGCUGUGCUGAUUUCGGCAGGGAGAGUUCUACACUGAAUCUAGAUUAGUCGGACUAGUAGACUUUGGGUAUCGGAUAGUCAGUUGUGACCUGUUGGGUAUGUCCUGUGGUCCAUCAAGCCGUCGAACCUGAAAAAAGAUAGACAUGCAGAUUACAAGCCAUUGCAGGUUGCUAAAUCAGUUGCUCUUUAACAACUUCAUUGUUGUUUUUGUCUAACCAUUCAACUUCAUUAAGGUUGCCACGUCAUUUUUCCGGUGGGAUUAUUGGCCAUAGUGACUUUUGUGAUGGCCGGAGAAAAGUUAAAUGACUUUUGUGAAAUGAAUGAAAGAAAAAUGACUUUUGUGUAAUGGACAAAAAGUUAAGUGAUCAUGGGUGAAAUUUACUCUAUAGUUUCCAUAUCA